UGUCUCCUGCGUCGGGAAUGUUUUCCAAAAAGCCUCAUGGGGACGUUAAAAAAUCAACACAGAAAGUGUUGGACCCGAAGAAGGACGUGCUGACGAGACUGAAGCAUCUCAGGAUUGUCAUAGAGAAUUCUGAGGCUCCAGAUCUGAAGCACUUCUUCGACCUGUACUACUCCCACAUCUACUAUGUCUUCUUCGAAAACUUUGUCACCAUCGAGGUCAGCCUCAAGCAAAAAGGUCAUAAAUCUCAGAGGGAGGAGCUGGACUCAAUCCUUUUCAUAUUUGAGAAAAUCCUUCAGCUUCUACCAGAGAGAAUCCAGAAUCGCUGGCAGUUCCACAGCAUCGGACUAACUCUUAAGAAGCUGCUUCACACUGGAAACUCUCUGAAGAUCCGUCGAGAAGGCGUGCGGCUGUUUCUGCUGUGGAUGCAGGCGCUGCAGAGCAACGCCGAGCACGAGCAGCUCUGCAUGUUUGCGUGUCUGAUCCCCGGUUUUCCCGCUCCUCUCCUGCGCGGGACCCCACGCACCCUGGACACCCUGAUCAACCCGCCGCUGAGUCUGACCGAGACUCAGGUGACCCCGGAAGAGAUCACACCUCUGGUCGCCCCGCAGUCCGGCGACAAGAACCAGGACGACCUCACUGCCUAUUUUCUCGAGGCUUUGCUGAAAUACAUGGUAAACCAGGCAAAGUCUCUGGAGUGGCGGUGUAAAGAGAACCACGAACGUGGCUUCAGCUUCCUCUUUGGCCACUUCAGGAAGUUUUACCUUCCUCACAUAUUUCCCAACUUUGCCAUGGAAACAAGCCUUUACAACCCCAUCUUGGAUGUUCCCCCCAUGCGUCCGAAGCCCUAUUACAGCGUGAUGCGCAGAGAGCAGGACGGCGGCGAAACGGUGUACUGCACCAAGGAGAGCUUCCUCCAGGCCAGAGUGAUCUUCAUCCGCUGGCUCGUUUCCUUCUGGUUGGAACCGCGACCCAACACCCAAACGCAGAUCCCGGGAACGGAAGGCGAGAACGUCCCAAAGAACAUACAGCGUGCAGCAGCUGGAUACGCGGUUCGCUCAGAUGACGGAGGCGGAGGUGGGAGUCGGUCCGAGAGCCACCUAGAAGGUAGCGGGUGCUCCCUAGGGCUGGCGGGAGGCAGCAUGGGAGGUCCGGGGGGCGCAGGGGAGCCCGAACAGAGCCACUCCAACACGUCCACCCUGACGGAGAGAGAGCCCAGCUCCUCCUCCCUCUGCUCCAUGGACGAGGAGCAGCUGACGGACAUGGAGGUGGUGAGGAGAGUGCUGACCAGCUCCAGAACCAACGUCAACUUCAUCAUAGAGAUCUUCAGACAGGGAUUGCUUCUUCCAAUGUGUGAGGCAGCCGCGAUGCGAAAAGUGGUUCGUGUUUACCAAGAGUGGAUCUCCAUGGAGGACAAGCCCGUGUUUAUGAAAGAGCCAGAGGAAGGUCCGUACCCCGUUCCUGCCGCUGCCAGUCUGGACGCAGGCUCUCAGCAGGGAGACAAAGAGAACCAGGGACUGAACAAAGAGAUUGACAGAGAACUGCUGGAAUACAGUGUUCAUGCUGGAGUUCAAACAACACUGCAGGUCUUCAUCACACACUCCUCCAACGUUUUCCUGCUGGAACCCGCCAAUGACAUCAAGAUCCUUUUAGAGGAACACGUCGACAUGUGCAAGCGAGUCCUGAACAUCUACCGCAGCCUCGUCAUGCAUGAAACUAUGGACCAGAAAACAUGGGAGCAGAUUUUACUGGUUCUGCUGAGGGUGACAGAAUCGGUGAUGAAAAGACCUCCAUCCAUCAUGCCUCAUGGCAAGAAGAGCAACACGCUGUCAGGCAGGCUGGCUGGGCCUAUCUUUCAGACUUUAAUAGUUGCCUGGAUUAAGGGCAACUUGAACGUCUAUAUCAGCAGAGAACUUUGGGACGAUCUCCUGUGUGUCCUUUCCUUUCUGACCUGCUGGGAAGAGCUGGUUACUGAGUGGUCACUCACCAUGGAGACCCUCACCAAAGUUUUGGCCAGGAACCUGUACAGCGUGGAUCUGAAUGAGCUGCCUCUGGACAAACUCAGCGAACAAAAGCAGAAGAAACAUAAAGGAAAAGCUAUCGGUACAGAGGGCCAGCGGCAGGCCGUGGAUCGGUCCUUCUCCAAAGGCUGGAGCAGAGACCAGCCGGGUCAGGCAGUUGCCAUGCGCCAGCGAAGUGCCACCACAGCCGGCUCGCCGGGCAUCGAAAAGGCGAGGAGUAUCGUGCGUCAGAAGACUGUAGCCCUGCGUAGCUGUUCUACGGGGGACUCUCUACUGUCCUCAGCCUUUAUUCGCAGUGCCAAGAGUGCUCCUGCUCUGGCUCCGCCUCUUCCUGUCCUCCUCCACCACCACCACCCUUUUCUGCCCCCUCUUGCCGACCAUCUGGCAGAUCUCGAGGACCCGCCGAUCACGCUGACGUCCCGCCCCUCGCGAAUGCGCCACUCAUCGCAGAGCGACGAGACCCCGCCCGCCGCAUGUUCUGAGGUCUUCCAGGGAAGGGCCUGUGACCUGGACGCCCCGGCUCCGUCGUCCCUCGCGCGGAGCAGCAGCGCGUCCGACAUCAUGGAGCCCUUCAUCGCUGAGCGGGUCAAAGGUGAAGACACCCAGAGGGAUCCCGUUUCCUUCCCGAAUCCUCCACACCACCACCACUCCACAACUACCUCCUCACUCGCAGCCAACAGCCACACAACUCAGCCUCUCUCACAAUCCCUCACCCCCCCUAAUCCUGCACCUUUCACCUUCUCCAACGGUGUUUCCUUGUCCUCAGAACCACAAGACGAUGCUAGUGUUUAUAGCCUGCCCUGGCUCCGAGCCGGUCCCGGAAGCCACGGCUCUAGCUCUGACUGGGUAAGCGACUGGGACUCUGCCUUCGCCUUUUCGUCUGAAAAGGAAACUGAUGCAGACGAGGGGGGGUUUGGUUGCGGGGCCGAGGAGGACGAUUUAUUCUCCUCCAUCAGAGACUACCUCAUUCAGAAAGAAGGCGAAAAGAAAGAGGAGGCCAAAGAGGCAAGCGGUGCUGGUCAUCUAUUAGAAGGUUUUGUCGCUUUGCCGGCACAGGAGCAAAGCAGGGAAGCCAGGUCCCCGUUAGAGCACACAGGACAGUUGGGGGAGGAGAAGCGGGUGGGGAGUGAGGAUAGACUGGUAAGUAAACCAGCGAGACACAGCAGUGUGGAUUCCGCAGAGGAGAGCGAGGCAGAGCAGCGCAGCAUCUAUGAGUGUCUGGAGCUACAGUGUGAGUGGCCGUCCCCUAGUGUCAAAGGCAGCGCUAGCUUAGAAAGAAACUCAGAGGGGGGAAAAGCAGCUGGAGGGACUACCGGCACAGGACAGGAAGGGAAACUUGACUUGUGGAGUGAACCAGUAGAAAAGAGACAAGAGGAGAAAGGAGAAUCAAAACCGAGGGCUCAUUUAAUUAGACAGGAUCCAAUCACAGCUGAAUCUAACGUUGAAUCAUCAACGGCCCAGGCGUCAGACCUCGCUAAAUCAAAAAUGUCCCGUGGCAGCACCAAGCGGCACCAGUCUACCGGUGUCCACGUCAGCUUCCGGCCCUCAACUGAGUCCGUCCAGUUCCACAACCCCCUCGAGAACAAGGAGGCCCACUGGAGAGCCAGGCUGCGCCGGCUCAGUCAUUUCCACACGCACAGCCACUCAGCUGGGGAGAGGACAGCUAGAGCCGGGGUGGGCUCAGGGGGGAAGGUAGGAGCUGAGGGUCCAGGUAAGUUCGGCUCCUCAGGGAACGGAACUAGCCAUAAAACCCGUGCAGAUGAGAGACCUUUGCCUGGAGCGUCUGCAGACAGCAGAGAGUCUUCCGCAGACAGCCUGGAAAGCAGACUCGGAUCAGGAGGGGACAAGCAGCGCCCAGGAUCCUACAUGGGAUCCGGUUCGGGCCCAGAGGUCUCCUCAGAGGGCUUGUCAGGCAAUUCAAGUUCCUCAGGCGCGUCCUCAGGAGUGCGAGGGCGUUUGGGACGCUCCGCCCUGCGCUCCCGAGUCUCCCGCUCACGCUCGCAGGAGCCCGGCAUCAAUACCUCCCGACACAGCCAGGGGCCUCUUCUAGGUGGCAUGUAUAAGACUGUUGUUCACGCCCUGUCCUCUAAACCUCGGCCCAGAGGCCAGGGGUCAUCCCAGGGGUCAUCGCCGCAGCGACAGGCCAGGGCCACCACGGGAGACGCACCGUUAAAGGAUCUCUACUCCCACGUCCUGGGCUACUUUGGACGAAAGACGGCAACGCCAGCCAACAAAGAGGAGGUGGUACCGAAGGCCCGCCCAGUGUCCACUGAUGUUGGAAGCAGCAACCCAAACUUCUCUGACCUGAUGGAUGAGUUCAUUCAGGAGAGACUGAGAAACAAAGGGACAGGGGGUCGUCGUGGAAGCAGCCCAGUUGGUCUUGAAGUUCCCAAAGACCUGCCAGAGCUCCUGGAGGCCAAUCAGGGGGCCGGAUCAAGAUCCACAGAUGAUCCUCGGCCUGUUGAUGACCCCGGAGUUCCCUCUGAGUGGACGUCCCCCGCUAGUGCCAGCGGUUCUGACGUCAUUAGCUCCGACAGCCAGUCAGACUCCUUUAAUGCCUUUCAGUAUUCAGCCUGCAAAUUCGAUAAUUUCACAUUCGGUUCAGAUACAUGUGUAGGAGGAGCCGGGCCUGGAGGAGGCGGCCGAGGCAGCUCACUGGACCAGGAUAGCCUAGGUGGAGGCUUGGUGUGUGACGAACAUGAAGUAGCCAGUUUAACGACACUUCACAUUGACUCAGAAACCAGCAGCCUUAGCCACACGGUCACUGUCACUGGCUCUGAGAGUGCCUCGCCUAUGCAUUCCCUGGGGGGCUCCCGUUCCCAGACCCCCUCCCCGGCCACGCUGACAGCUGAACACACCGAUCACACACACAGUCAUCCGCACACACACUUACAGCUGGACCAGAAGCUCCACAGCUCGGUGCUGCAGACCCCCGACGAUCUGGAAACGAGUGAGUUCCCCAGCGAGGACUGCAGUGUGAUGGCAGGCGGCUCUCUAACUGGAUGGCACGCAGAUGUCGCCACGGUUAUGUGGAGGAGGAUGCUGGGUAUCCUGGGAGAUGUUAACAGCAUCAAGGACCCAGAAAUCCACGCUCAGGUUUUUGACUACCUGUGUGAGCUGUGGCAGAACCUGGCCAAGAUCAGGGACAAUUUGGGCAUUUCUCUGGACAACCAGUCAUCCCCCCCACCCCCUGUUCUAAUUCCUCCACUAAGAAUCCUAACCCCUUGGCUCUUCAAGGCCACUAUGCUGACUGAGCGUUACAAGCAGGGAAAGCUUCACGCCUACAAGCUCAUCUGUAGGAUCAUGAAGAGACGACAAGAUGUUUCCCCAAACGCAGACUUUCUCACUCACUUCUACAACAUCAUGCACCAAGGGCUGCUGCACCAGGACCAGGACAUUGUGAACACCAUCAUCAAGCACUGCAGUCCCAGGUUCUUCAGCAUCGGUCUCCCUGGAGCCACCAUGUUGAUUCUGGACUUCAUCAUCGCAGCUUCCAGAGUCACUGCAUGUUCGUCACUCAAUGCUCCAAGAGUUGAGGCCCAGAUCCUUCUUGGGUCUCUGGUGUGUUUCCCCAACUUUUAUGAGGAGCUUGCUGCUCUCCAUCCCACCACCGCCGAUGUUGUUCGGACUAAGUUUCCCGAUGUUAAGGAACACAUUAUCAAAACCAUCCUGACCUCUGCCAGGGAUGAACCCUCUGCUCCUGCAAGAUGUGUGGCUUUGUGCAGCCUGGGUAUCUGGCUGUGUGAAGAGCUGGCUCAUGGGACUGAACAUCCUCAGAUUAAAGAAGCCCUCAAUGUAAUCUGUGUGACCCUGAAGUACCCCAAUAAGACGGUAGCCCUGGUGGCCUCAGACAUCCUUCACCUCCUCAUCAGUUACGUGGAUCAUCUUCAGAAAUUCCCCCCCGACACUCCCAAGAAGAUCGUAGAGAUUCUGAUCGCCACUAUUACAUAUUUGCUGCCUAGUACCGAGUCCUCUCCUCAUGAGCUGGAUAAGAGGCUAGUAGUCUCUCUGCUGUUGUGUCUGUUGGACUGGGUGAUGGCUCUGCCCCCGAAGACUCUUCUCCAGCCUGUGCAGACACGAAGCCCUCCUGAAAGGGAGCAGCCAACCAAAACGCUGCUCAGCUGUAUUUAUAAGGUCCUACAUGGGUGCGUUUAUGGAGCACAGUCUUUCAGCAGUCCCAAGUACUUCCCCCUGCAGCUGUCGGAUCUGUCGAGUCCAGACUACGACCCGUUCCUGCCGUUAGAGAGCCUCCGCGAACCAGAACCUCUGCACAGUCCAGACUCUGAGCGCUCCAGCAAACUGCAGCCCGUCACUGAAGUUCGUAGCCGUAUCCAGCAAGGCCUGGUUUCCAUUGCAGCCAGAACAGUUAUAACCCAUCUGGUCAAUCAUCUGGGACAUUAUCCAAUGUCUGGAGGGCCCGCAACUCUGUCCAGUCAGGUGUGUGAAAACCAAGACAACCCGUUUUAUGAGAAUGCAGAUCUCGGACCAGAGCUUUUCAGUUCACCCAACCUGCAGUUUCUGGUUCUGAACGGCUCCACUCUGCUGUCCGUUCUCCAGAUCCGAUCAGAGUCUGGUGUCCCAGGAGGAGGAAUGACAGCUGGCUUGUCCUCUGCUCCUGCUUGUGUCCGUGUCAUCAUCCGAGAUGUUGCCGGAAAACACUCCUGGGACUCCGCCGUCCUGUACGGGCCUCCGCUGUGCUCCCCAAACAGUCCGGCUCACACAGUUCUACCACAAAUGCAGUCACCGCACAGUGCGAACCUUCAAUUACGCACUCCACCAGGAGGUCCAGAGAACAAGAUGGAAUUGAAGGAGGAAGAUGGCGAGGGAGAUGAGCAGGAGGAGCAGGGGCUGGAGGAGGAAGAGAGACAGAUGGAAAGUGACAGACAAGAGGUUCAGAUAGCGGAGGAGGAGAGGAAAGUCGGCGAUGAAGAGAGGGAGUAUCCAGCAGGAGGUGAAAAUGUUGACCCUUCAGAAGAGAGAGAGCAGGAGGAGGGGGAGGAGGAUGAGGAGGAGACACAUGAGCAUCACAUGGACGUGGAUUCAGGUUCGGAAAAGCUUCUAGCGCCUCCUCUCGCUAAACGGGUGUGCCGGGAGGCGGUGCCAGCGUGGAAUUGUCUGGAAGAGGGAGAUGAUGCUCUGGAUGAGAUGCUGCAGUACCUCGGUUACUCGAGUCCCGAGUGUCUGCAGAGAGCAGGCAUGCCACUCAACAUCCCAGCCCCUCCUCCGGGAUGCGUAUCGGAGAAGCAGGAGAACGACGUGAUCAACGCCAUCCUGAAACAGAGUGCUGCCGAGCGAGAGUUUGUUCUCCAUAGAGGUGAGGAGCUGAACAUGAGGGCAAUGCAGCAGACCGAACCAGAGACGGAGACCCCGCAGUCGGCCUUUUACUACUGCAGGCUGCUCAUCAACAUACUGGGACUCAACUCCUGGGAGAAGAGGAGUAACUUUCAUUUGUUGAGGAAGAACGAGAAGUUACUGAGGGAGCUGAAGAAUCUAGACUCACGGCAGUGCCGAGAGACUCAUAAGAUUGCAGUAUUUUAUGUGGCUGAAGGUCAAGAGGAUAAACACUCCAUACUCACAAACACAGCUGGCAGCCAGGCUUAUGAAGACUUUGUUUCAGGACUCGGCUGGGAGGUGGACCUCACGACUCACUGUGGCUUCAUGGGAGGCCUUCAGAGAAAUCGCAGUACUGGCCUGACGACGCCUUACUAUGCCACGUCCACAACCGAAGUCAUCUAUCACGUGUCCACUCGCAUGCCCCAUGACCAGGAUCAGAACCUCACAAAAAAGCUCCGACACCUGGGCAACGACGAAGUCCACAUCAUUUGGUCUGAACAUUCCAGAGACUACCGCCGAGGGAUCAUCCCUACCGAAUUUGGGGACGUGUUGAUCGUCAUCUACCCCAUGAAGAACCACAUGUAUUCCAUCCAAAUACUCAAGAAGCCAGAGGUGCCGUUCUUUGGGCCACUGUUUGAUGGUGCCAUAGUGGACAUGAAGAUUUUGUCCACCAUGGUCAGAGCCACUGCUAUCAACGCGAGUCGAGCUCUCAAAUCCCUCAUCCCUCUCUACCAGAACUUCUAUGAGGAGCGAGCCCGAUAUCUGGAAACCAUUGUGCAGCACCACCAGGAGCCAACCACAUUUGAGGAUUAUGCUGCUCGGGUCUACAGUCCUGCUCCCUGCACUCACCUGCCCUCUGACGCAGGCUCCUGCCUAGAGAUUCUUCGGGGAGAAAGUCCGGCUCUUGGGGAGGCCGGGAGCGACUCGCCGUCCCCCAUGUCUCCUCGAACUAGCAAGACCCGCAUGUCAAUGAAGCUGCGACGGUCCUCCGGAUCCGCCAAUAAGACUUGAGUCUCUGCCACUUGACGUGGCACAGUCAAGCACUUCAUCAUCGCUGAUAUAAGUUAAAAUAGUUAAUUUCACAUCUCAUAUCCAUCAGGGGUGAACACAGGCUGUUUCUCAGCCCUGCUCCUGCACUGAACAUUCACACAUAUGCUGUUACGCUUAUAAAUAUACAUCUGAUAUAUUCCCACUCUAUAAAACUGCAGCUUUGCUUUAAAGAAACACGCAUCCCAGUGCUGGUGAGAACAUUCAACCUAACCUGUGCAGUAUUUGUUCAUACCAACAUGUGCCAUGUGAGAAAGUGAACAAACACCUGUGUAACCAGGACGUCAAAAACGCAAAAAAUUAGGUGUGCCACAUCAUACACUGCUCCUCACACAGUGUUAAAAAGGAUUUUCUGCUUCGAUAAAACUUCAGAACAGAUAUGACAGUAUGUUUGUUGCAGUUAGCUGCAGGAAAAAGUAUUUUUUUGUUAAUGAAUACAAACAGUUGUUGAAAUUAAAAGGUUCACAAAUCCCCCUUUUUUUGGUCUGAACAACCUCCCUACUGUGUAUGUGAAAUACUUAUGCACAGAGAUGUCAGAGGAGACACUUUGACAGGUCUUUGGUUUCUAAGUCAUGCUGUCAGCUUUGGACAUGCACUGAUAUUCAUUGCGUUUAUUUUGUGUUUUUUUAAUGUUAAUUGUGCUUUCACUUGAGCAAAAUUGUCAUAUGCUGUAUUUUUAUUUGUCCCUCCAAAAACACCAUUGCUUUUUUUUUUUUUGCUCCUUUGACUAUAAAUAUGUAUUCUGUAUAUCUAUACAAGUAUAAAUAUAUAUAUAUUAGAUACAUGGAUAUGUAUGAGAGUGUGUACAGUGUGACAAAGCUUGUUGUGUAAAUAAGAUUACGAGAAAGCUGCCAAAGCCAAAACUGUGGUUUAACCUCAGAGCAUGUUUGCUAUAAAGAAAAACAUAGGUCAACACUACAGAAUGUUACAUUUAAAUAGAGUCUGUUUAUCCAUCAGGUUGCACUUCAUCCUCUGGAAAUUUAGCUCAAUCUGUUGCAACUGCAGAACACGUCGGGUGGAGGAUCCCUCUCGAUUGACUUUAUUUCCCCAGGAUUUCAACUGAUGUCUGAACCCUUCUAGACACAAAUCUUCAGUUUUUCCACCUGUUGGGUCCUAAAUGGGUCCUGAUGGUUUUUCAGAUGGUACAGCUCCAUCAGAAAAACCAGGAUGGAAAAGACAACAAAAAUCUGGAUGCUGCAGAUUGACAGCCAAAGAUGAGAAUAUGUGGACAAGUGUUUUGGGAAUCUUUAUACAUAAGCAUUUAAUCUGCUCUCAGUUUAGAGAUGUCACAAAUCAAAUUAGACACGGUUCAUUUGGAGAAAACUUUUUUUGUUUCCCUUAACAUAUCCAUUGUCCAGCAUUUAGAUUCAUGGAUUUUAUGGGGGUAUUAUUUUUGCUGUCUCAACUAUAGAUUUUUGUAAAAACAAAAAAGCAAAGGGACUGUCCUUUUUUUUUUUUGAUCAAAUGUAAUUCAUUCUUUUUGUUUUAGAGCUAAGCUAUGUGCUGUCCCUUUAAAUUAUUUUUACAGAGAUCAAAACACAGUUUGUUAUGACUUGUGCUCCAUUUAGCCCUUAUCUGUACUUGUGUAUAGACCACCGCUGUCUCAAUGUGUGUUCUGUCAUGACACUUAAAUCACCCAUGUUUACAUACUCUAUAAUUAUUUGGCCCUUUGUAAUCACUUUCAUGAAAAAUAAGUUAACAGUUUGAAACUUGAUUAGCAUUAUCCAAAAUAAAAAAGCAAAUGUUACCUCCAUUGUCAGAUGAGGAAGAAAGUCAGGUUCCCUUCACAUUUGAGCGCAGCAGAAUUGACUGCCGCCUAUGUGGGCUCUGCAUGUCCACAUGUUGGCAGAUGUUUUUGCAACUACUGAUGUAAAAAGAAACUGCGUAUCAGCACUAACUGCAUGUUAACACACACACAUGCUCGGAAACUCCACAAACCUGUUAACAGUGUAACUAUUGUUUCAAGCAAACACAAAAUAAAAAAGUGUCAGUGUGCAACAAUGGUCUUUAACAAUAAAGGAUUUGUACCUGUGA